AUGGAAAACAUAUUAAUACAAUGCUCUCCUAAUGCUGGUUCAGAAUAUUAUAAUUAUAAAGGGUUUCAUUCCAUUGUACUUCAAGCUGUCGUUGAUGCUAAUGCUAAAUUUAUAGCUAUAGAUAUCGGUGAUUAUGGACGAAAUAGUGAUAGUGGUAUUUUUAAAAAAUCCAAUUUUGAAAAAUUAUUAAAAAACAAUAAAUUAAAUAUUCCGCAGUCAAAAAAAAUUGACCCUCAAAUUAACGAUGAGUUUCCAUUUGUAUUUGUUGUAGACGAAGCAUAUCCUUUACAAACCAACUUAAUGAGACCUUUUCCAAGAAGAAAUUUAACUAAUGAAAAAAGAAUUUUUAAUUAUCGUUUAUCAAGAGCCAGAAGAAUUGUAGAAUGUGUAUUUGGGAUUCUUGUGAAACGUUUUAAUGUUCUAGAAAAUAAAAUGCUAGUUUUCCUGAAAAAGCUACUAUAA